UCUCAAAAUUCACCUCUUUAACCCUCCCUUUCUUUCCCACACACACUCUCUCUCCUCCCAGCGGCAGCGCCGUCUUGCAAGGACUCUGUCUCUAAUAGAAAAAAUGGGUGGUUGCAAAUUUUAUAUAAAGAAGAAGAAGACAGAUUGGGUUAGCGCACUUCUACAUAGUAAGUUCUUCGGGUCGUGUGUCGAUCAUCGAGACCUUCGAAAAAACGAGAAGAAUGUGUUCUGCAUCGACUGCAGUCUCUGCUGCUGUAGGCAUUGCAUGUCUUCCUCUGUUCAUUGGCUUCAUCGGAAGCUUCAAAUCUGCAAAUAUGUCUAUCAUGAUGUCAUCCGCUUUCAAGACAUGCAUAAGCAUCUUGACUGCUCUAGAAUUCAGACAUACAAGAUAAACGGUGAGAAAGCUAUCCAUCUGAACCCUCGGCCGCAAUCAAAAGAUUUCAAACCAUCCAAGUCAAAAGGUGGCUCAUCUUGCGAAGCUUGUGGUAGGUACAUACAAGACCAGCCCAAUUGCUUCUGCUCGAUUGCGUGCAAGGUGUCUGUUUGUGAGAAGUCCGAAGACCAAACACCUAAGAUCUUCCCCUUGCCAAUUCCCGAACUUGGAGACCUUUCCUUGAAAGAAACCUACAGCCCUGAUGAAGAAAAUGUGGCAGAAAAGGAUUCCUGCAUCUCAGUUGGCACAUCUUCGGAUGAGGCUCAAGCUUUUGUGAGCUCUGUGUUGAAGCCAAGGAAGCAAAUGCACAAGAGGAAAGGCAUCCCUCGGAGGGCCCCACUCUGUUAGCCCCUCUCUUUAUCCAGACACUUUGUUCUUUGGUUCGUAUAGUAGUUAUCAUAAAUAAGACCCCAUCUAUAUAUAAUCAUCUGGACAUGAAGAAUUAUUCAAGUAUCAGGAAAAAAAAAUCAAUUCCAGGUAGCCCCAUUUUGGGUUUUCUAGUUGGGUUAUUUGGAGUGUAAGCCCCAUGUUGUCCAAGCAGAUUCUUGUGGUUUGUACAGCAUAAGAGAGAGAGAGAGAGAGCAGCAGCAGCAGCAGAGGUGGCGGCCGACGAAUGUGGAAAUAGCUGGUAUUCGAUCUUUGUAUCUAUCCAAGGAGGAGGUUUAUUGAUUGGUUUUGUCGUUAUAUAUAUUUUUCCUGGUGGAAUUUUGUACCUAAAUCUAAAUGGUUGAGCUGAGCAUUGCUGACUACAAUAAAACUUUUGCCUGGGAGUAAUGAAUGAUCUUAAUGAGAGGAUUCGAUUAGCUUCA